GCGGCAUCAGGGGAGCUUUAGUCGGGAUGUCUCUGUCUGCGAAGAUGUUGCCGUGUAAGAAGAGGAGAGCCGUCCCAGUGGAUUCCUGUGAGGAAGAGACGAGCCCCUCAUCAGAUGUGCAGUCUGUUACGAUGGAGACAUCUUCCUCCAGUGGGAUGCAUCCCUUCAAGGGAUUUGUGCAGCAAGAUGAGGAAGCCGUCGCAACCGAGGGGAGGGCCCAGCUCAGCCAGUCUACUGACAGGCCUGCCUGUUCAUCAGCACCGACUCUGCCGCUACCUGUCAGGGACUUGCCUUUCUUGGAAGCCCCUGGUGGUGAAAUAGUAAAGGGAGUUGAAGUUCCAUCUGGAAAUGCUGCUCAGGAAGGCUGCAGAGAAACAGCAGAGGCUUCUUCAGAGGGUGAGAAGAAGAUCUGCCCUAGGCCAGGGUCAGAUACCUGCCAGCAGAAAGGUGAGGCAAGUCCAGAUUCAAAUGUGGCGCCCAACUUUGUUGUGGAGAAGGCUCAGACACUAAACCAUGCAGCUGGCAGACUUUCACCAAAGCCGGAGACCAAAUGUGAGGAGGGCAAUGCUGCCUGUAACGUGAAGGCCCCGAGGAUCACGCAGGGCAGCGACACUCUUCCAGAGGCUGAGGAAGAAGCUGAAGAGACGGGGCUGUUUAUCCCAGUGGAAGAGCAAGAAGAAGGCGGGAAGAGGAAGAAGAGGAGGGCCGCGAAGCGCAAACGGGAGGGGAAAAGCUUGGAGGAGGAAGAGGAGGAGAAGGCACCGUUGGCUUGCGGCCUCAAGCUGGAUGACAGCCUCGACCGGGCUUUGGAAGACGGGGCGAAACAGCACAACCUGACUGCCAUUAAUGUGCGGAACAUCCUCCAUGAGGUGAUCACAAACGAGCACGUCGUGGCCAUGAUGAAAGCCGCCAUCAGUGAGACUGACGACAUCCCCAUGUUUGAGCCGAAGAUGACUCGCUCCAAACUGAAGGAGGUGGUGGAGAAAGGAGUGGUUAUCCCGACGUGGAAUAUUUCUCCGAUCAAGAAGGCAAAUGAAAUCAAGCCCCCCCAAUUUGUGGACAUUCCCCUCGAGGAGGAUGAUUCCUCUGAUGAAGAGUACCAGCCAGAGGAGGAGGAAGAGGAUGAAACCGCAGAUGAGAGCUUGUUGGAGAGCGACGUGGAAAGUGCCACCUCAUCUCCACACGGGGCCAAGCGGUCCCGAACAAGACAGGCGUCCGACGCGAUGGAAGUGGAUGAGGAGGGAGGAGCACCAUCAGAGGCAGAGAAGGCUUUGGUACCCCCCGUUCAGCGGCACAUCAGUGCUGAAGUUGUACCGAUGGGGCCCCCGCCACCCCCCAAGCCCAAGCAGAGCAAAGACAGUGCCUUCAUGGAGAAGCUCCACGCAGUGGAGGAGGAACUGGCGUCCAGCCCUGUCUGCAUGGAAUCCUAUCAGCCUUUGGAAGAUAGCUUGAUCGCCCUCCGCACCCGCUCAAAGAGGCCCCUGAAGGAUGUACCCCUCGGCCAGCUGGAGGCUGAGCUCCGUGCCCCGGAUAUCACCCCAGACAUGUAUGACCCCAACACGGCAGAAGACGAAGAAUGGAAGAGGUGGCUCGGGGGCCUUAUGAACGAUGACGUGGGGAAUGAAGAUGAGGCAGACGACGACGACGACCCCGAAUACAACUUCCUGGAGGAUCUGGACGAGCCAGACACGGAGGAUUUCCGCAACGACCGUGCCGUGAGAAUCACAAAGAAAGAGGUGAACGAGUUGAUGGAGGAGCUGUUUGAGACGUUUCAGGACGAGAUGGGUUUCCCCAAUGUGGAGGACGAAGGACCGGAGGACGAAGACAGUGCUGCGGAGGCCCGGCCAAAUUUUAACACUCCCCAGGUGCUCAGGUUUGAAGAACCGCUGGCCAACCUUCUGAAUGAACAGCACCGGACAGUGAAGGAACAGCUGGAGCAACUCCGCAUGAAGAAGUCGGCCGGCAAGCUACCCCCGGAGGCGGAGGCUUCUAAACCGCCGCACAAGAAGCCUCCCACCCUGACCCUGGACGCUCGGCAGAGGAGGAAGAUCCAGCACCAGAUGCAGCAGCACGUGCAGCUCCUGACCCAGAUCCACAUCCUUUGCAGUUCCAACCCCAGCCUGGGCUCUGAGGCCAGCACCACCCGGCUUUUUUUGGUUGAGCUGAACAGCUUUGCCCAAAGUGCCGCGCUCCUCCACCAUCCACUCAGCCCCAAACCCCAGACCGUGUUCCAGCCCUGCAACUUGAAAGAAGCUUUGCAGCUCAUAGAGGACUUCCAGACCCAUGUCAAGGUGGAGUGGAGCCCCCGCAAAGUUGUUAAAAAGAAUGCCCAAGACUUUCAGUGCCUGCCAAAUCAAGUUGCGUGGAUCUUGGCCACGAGCCGAGUCUUCAUGUAUCCUCAGCUGCUGCCCAUUUGCUCCUUGAAAGCCAAAACACCCCGCGACAAGAUCAUCUUCACGAAAGGGGAGGACAACUUGGUAGCUUUGGGAUUGAAGCAUUUUGAUGGGACGGAAUUCCCGAAGCCCCUGAUCAGCAAGUACCUCCUGACAACCAAGACAGCCCACCAACUGACGGUGCAUAUCAAGAACCUCACCAUGAACCGGGCUCCAGACAACAUCAUAAAAUACUACAAGAAGACGAAGCAGAUGCCCGUUCUGUUUCAGCUCUGUGAGGAGAUUCAGCCCGGAGAUUGGAAGCCUCCCGUCGAGAAAGAGGAACAUCUCCUGCCUUCCUGGCUGAAGGCCAGCUUGCCAUACAUCCAAGAAGCGCUGGAGCAGCAUUCCAAAGAAGCAUCGUCUGAUCUCUGCAGCUCCGAUCCCAAACUCGGCCAUGUGGGGAAAGAGAGUCCAAUGCUUACCCAGUGGCGAGUGAAAGGAAAAUAUCACUCUGCACCGCAUUAGCUAAAGGGGUUAGAACUUCGUCCUGAAGGGCGGCUUCCCCAGCCACUUCUACAAGCUAGGGUACGUGGGAAGUGACAGCGGCUUUACGGCCACAUAAAACCCCUCCCCGUCCGGACUGGUGGCACCGGCAACUACAUGAAAGUGUCUAUGAAGCAGCCCCAGCCGGAAGCCUCUCCCAGCAAAAUUGCAGCUCGCGUUCCCCGCUGGAUCCAGCCGGCCCCGGUGGUCCAACCUCUGCCCAGGAUCCAGCACGUGAGCCUGCAGCCGGCGGUGGCGAAUGGGGGUGGAUUCGAGAUUCAGGGCAUUUUCUCAGCUCCCCACUCUGGCGCCCGACCCUGCUUGGCUGCCACUGUGCCCCAGAACUUAAUCUCGUCUGUGCCAGUCACCUUUCAGCCCAAAAUGAUGCUCCCGGUGCUGCCUGUGUCCAAAAUCUGGGAAGCUCGAGUUUCUCCAAGGAAGAACCAGGAAGAAGAAGGGCCCCAAACCCACCGCUCGGCUGCCCCCUCGGCUCCCGUCGUGUUCACUGUUCCGGCUGCUGCCGUGAAGACGGUCAGCAUUGCCAACGGCUGCAGUGUGCUGCAGCCCUUGGCCACCGGCGCUGGGGGGGCUGCUCAGCCCAUUCCCAUCACGACCCUGCUAGUGAAUCCCGCCCCCUUUCCCUGCCCGUUGAGCCAGCCGCUGGUGACUCCUCCGUCUCCUUCCUUGGUGAUCCCUGCAAACUCCACCAGCUUUCCUGCUUCCGCGGCUUCCAAAGAAGCCGAAUUUGUAAGCCCAGCCACCACAGGCAGUGAAAGCGGGUGCCCCGUUCCUGAACUCCAGAGCCCAGCGGAACCCUUGAGGCCAGUCCCUGUGCACAAGGAGCGGCUUGCUGAGGGAGGAAUGUGGGGUCCAGCGCUAUUAGUCUCUCUGAGGGUGGGGAAUUAAGCGGUGGCUUCCAUCCAGACUCCUGUGGAAGCGGGCAAGAGAAAGUUGCAGGGGAGCCCUGCUGAAGACCCUCUCUCCCCUUUAAGUAAGCGCUUGGCCCGGACAGGAAUGAAGAGCUGACUCUGAAAGAAUUUUUGCUCAGCGCGGGAAGCGUCCGGUUCUUUGGGUGCAGAGACAAGAUUGGAAAUCCGGCUCUCAGUGGACGAGGGACUGAUGCUAGGUCUUGGACAGGGGUUGGAUGUGGAGCCCACCCCGGAGGGCAACACAGCGGCAUGCACAGGAAGGAAAGCGAAAGAUGAGCUGUUAUUAUAUCUGAAGACUGGAAUCCGACUCGUUGGAGCAGAAGGCGGUUCCCCUGAGAAUGUAUCCAGCGCGGCAGCUGCUCAGGCAGGGUCCGGCAGCCCCUCUGUGAAGCCGGAGGAGUCCUCUGGUGUGGGUAGCCACGCUGCAGAGGUGCCGGCUGGCCAGGAGAGCGGCAAGGCCGACGAAGGGGGUCCAGAGGAGGACGAGGAAGAGGACUUUGACGACUUCACGCAAGACGAGGAAGACGAAGAAAUGUCAUCGGCGUCGGAGGAAUCGGUGCUGUCCGUGCCGGAGCUUCAGGAGACGAUGGAGAAGCUGACGUGGCUGGCCUCGGAGAGACGCCUGAGCCAAGAGGGCGACUCGGAGGAGGAGAAUUCGCAGGAGGAGAACUCUGAGCCGGAGGAAGAAGAGGAAGAGGAGGAAGAAGGGGAAGGGGAGAACCUGGAGAGCAUGCAGAAGGAGGACGAAAUGGGGCGGGCUUCAGGCUGAGGGCCUCGAGAUGGGCAGGUAGAUCGUCGUCUCUGCAUACUAAUGACCUGUGCGUUCCUGAGGCUGUCAGUGGAGCCAAGCAGGAACCCACCAGGAGAGAGCGCCAAAGCUCCUGGGAAAAGCCGGAGCUCCCACAGAGCCCGAGCCAAGAGGGGCCGGGGCCGGGCCAGCAAAGACACCUCCAAGCUUCUGUUGCUGUACGACGAGAACAUCCUGGAGAGGGACCCGCUGCGGGAGCAGAAGGACUUGGCUUUUGCCCAGGCAUACCUGAGCAGGGUCCGUGAGGCCUUGAGGCACGUGCCGGUCAAGUACGAGGAGUUCCUGCGUGUCAUUUAUGAGUUUGAGAGUAACGCUCACAAGCAGACGGCCGUGGACCUCUACGCCCACCUGCGCAGCAUCCUGCGGGAGUGGCCGCAGCUGCUCACUGACUUCGCCGCCUUUCUGCUGCCUGAGCAAGCUUUAGAGUGCGGGCUGUUUGAAGAGCAGCAGGCUUUUGAGAAAAGCCGGAAGUUCCUGCGGCAGCUGGAAAUCUGCUUCGCUGAAAACCCCUCCCACCACCAGAAGAUCAUCAAAGUGCUGCAGGGCUGUGCCGAGUCUUUGCCCCAGGAGAUCGUGGAGCUCAAGAACCAGAUGUGGCAGCUGUUGAAAGGGCACGACCACCUGCAGGACGAAUUCUCAGUCUUCUUCGAUCACUUGCGCCCAUCAGCCAGCCGCAUGGGAGACUUCGAGGAGGUCAGCUGGACGGAGGAGAAAGAGUAUGAGUUGGAUGGAUUUGAAGAGGUGUCGUUGCCGGACGUGGAAGAGGAUGAGGAACCCCCCAAAACCCAUGCCUCCUCCAAAAAUAAGAAGCGGAAGGAGCUCGGCGGGCAGAACCCCGACAAGGAGGCGGAGUGGGCAGAGGGGGCGAAGGAAUGCUCCUGCGCCUGCCACGAGGGGAACAGCGACACGAGGCUGAAGAGGAGCAAGCGGAAGAGCUGUAGCCACUGCAGCAGCAAGGCUGGAGACAGCAAAUCUUGCAAGCAGAAGGAUGCCCAGGAGCCUACGGACAGCCUUGCCCCGCGAGAACUGAGCCCCCGCCCUGAAGGGAAGGAACUUGCAGAGGAAAACCUGGAUCAUAGAGAUGACGGGGAGGCUCCCCAGAGCAGGAUGAAGACAACUGCCAGGAAGAUGGACUCUGCCAUUGCAAUGGGUUCCCGUGUGGAUGGGAAGCUCCCGUCCUGCAGAGAGGUCUCAUUAGAGGGGGGCGGGCUCCUGGCCAGCAGGGCCGGAGAACCGUGCGCUCUGCAGGGACCCCAUUGCCCCAAGAAGGCACCCUCAGCUGAUGCCGCAGCGUCGGCAACUCCCUCAUUCUAUUCGACACAGGCGCAAAAGACUGUCGCUCCGAAACAGCGAGCCAAAGGUGGCUCUUGCCCCACGGGUGGGGAGAGCGAGGCCGGACGAGGCCUGAGGAGCGUGGAGGCUUCCCGUGGGCUUGGCAAAGAUACCUCAGGGCCUGAGGCUUCUGCAGGGACAGCCGGUAAGGGCCCCUGUCCUCUUUCGGCAAAGGGUUUGCCUCAGAACCUUGCUGUUCAGCCCAGCCUAUCAGAGGAGCCCACUGCUGUUAUCUUGAAGGAAACGGAGGGGGCAAAAUUGGCUGCUUCUGCAGACACAAAAAUGAAAGAACAGGAAAUAGAGAGGUCACCUCCCAAAGACCCUGGGCCGAAGGCAGGAGCGGGAAAGAACUGUAGCUUGCUGGCUCGCACAGAACCCUCUAGCGCUUGCCUCCCACGACCUCCAGCCGGCGAUCAAAAGGUGAAGGCCGCAGGGGCGUUGGCUGCAAGUGACAGUUUGCAAGAGCCACAGCCAUCGGGGGCAGGCACCGAGCGUACUUUGCCCCGUCCGCCCAGGCCGAGGGGGGAGGAGCUGCAGCAGAGAGCGACGGAAGCCAUGGUCUGCGCCAAGAACAUCAAGGUCAGCUCUACGGGGGAGAAGGUCGUCCUGUGGACCAGGGAAGCUGACCGCGUCAUCCUGACCACCUGCCAAGAACGAGGCGCUCAAGAAGACACGUUCCGGGCCAUCUCGCAGCAGCUACGCAACAAAACGGCUGAGGAUGUGGCCCACCGGUUCAGGGAGCUGAUGGCAUUGUUUCACACGGCCUGUGAUGUCAGCUCGGACGAUGAAGAUGAUGGUGCCAGCACUGGCAACACUGACCAGCUCUCGGACAAAGAUCCCGCUCUGUCUGAAGAAGAGCAGGAGGCAUGAAGGCCACAGAAACUGUGUUCUUGCCCCUGACUGUGGCUUUGAGGAGGGGACGAGGUAUCUUGUUCACUGCAGUGCUCUGCUCUGGGGACAACAGUGAGUUCGUCCACCCCUCCGUGCUGCAACUUGGUGAGAAUACCGGCUGCUGCCCGCCCCACGCCCAAAUAUCCAGCAGGAGCUGACUUUGAAGAACUGUUGCUCGGGAAAAGGGGGUUUGCUGUGCAGUGGAAAUAGACAGGGCUGCACUUGUUCUUGGACAAUACGUGAUGUAAAUAUUUUAAUAGUAGGAAUGGUGUACAGUCUUUCCUGUGCCUCUUCUGUAUGAAUAUUUAUUGUGCAGUUUAAUAUUAAUGAAUAAAGCCAUUCGUUUGGA